AUGAACCUGUGGAGAACGGACGUGCUCGUGGUCGGAGUCGGGUUGAUUUUAGCCGUCGUCCGGUGGGCACCACCAGCGACCAACGGCAGACCUGCGUUGGCUGUGGAUCAGUUGACGUACAUAUUGAGCGGCUCGCACCUUAAGUGGUUCGAGCCCGGCGAACGCACUCAGGCCACCGACAGUGGCGAGUACGCGGCCCGGAACGUGGUGCCGUCCAGGUUCGCCAUGCGGUACGACGGCCUGAUAUUCGUGGCCAUGCCCAAGCUCAAGCCCGGCGUGAUGUUCACACUGGGCGUCGUCGAGUACGAACCGUGCCUGAGCACCAUCGAGCCCCCUAUAGCGCCGUACCCGUGCGCGGCCGCCCACCGCAAGCAGGGCACCGGCAACGGCUGGACCAUGGUCAAUGUAGUGGACGUUUACAUGGACGAGGCCGGUCGCCUGUGGGCCCUCGAUGUGGGCAAAAUUAAUCUUUUAGGAAAAACGUCGGUCGUCCGCCCGCCCAUGGUGUUCGCCAUCGACACCGGAGUGGACGAGUUCAUUCAUGCCAUCGAUCUGUCCCGUGCCACCACGGAGGCCAGCUGUCUGCAGUCGAUCAUCGUCGACUCCAGUACUAGCGGCGAAACGUUUCUGUACAUAGCGGACGCCGGCCAAGCCGCCGUGAUCGUGUACAACGUGCAUUGCGACCGGUCAUUUAAGGUGCACGUGCCGGUGGGCCCGUGCGGCCGCCAGGACAUCUUGUACAUGGCACUGACGUCGGUCAACGAGUACAUCCUGAACGGCGGCCACGAUCCUUACGGGCUGGGCACCGGUCGGGACGAUAACGAUUUUCAGCGACGGCUGUACGUGACGUACCUGUCGUCGUGCCAAAUGCUAUACGUGCCAGUAUACGAAUUGGACGAAAUUGACGUGACGUACAGUCUGUCGGCCGUGGGCAUUGGGCGGAAACCGUGCAAAAUGAUCUUGUUGGGCACCGACCGCUCGUCCGUCAUAUACUUCCGGCCCGGCGAAACCAACGACAUCUGGAGUUGGGACACGAGUACGCCGUUCCACGAGGACAACUUCAAGUUCGUGCAAUACGGACGAACGACCAGAGUACCGUUAAUGGUGAACAUUGGCUUCCGAGGUUAUCAAUGGUACAUGGAGAGCAACUUCAUCGACUUCCUAUUGGACGAUAUCGGAUGUCUGGGCGUCAGCACCAAGAUCCAGCCGCUGCAGAUAGUGAGCGACGAACUGGAGUGCAGACCUGCUUUGCCAUUAGACAAUGGACCGAACUGUAGUACCGACGAUGCUUUUGUUUGCUUGAAAAAUCUCAUUCCGUUUGAACAUGCAAUUUUGUAUUAGCAAAUUACGGUACAUUAAGUCGACGAAUCGAUCAUUACGUUGUAAUUAGUAUUUUCUAAGUUAUUGUCUUAUUUAUUACGUCAGCAGCUGAUGUCGUGAAGGUCAUUUCAACCGCGUACGUAUUCUUUAUAAAAUACAAUUUUCACCUAUCUAUACUUAAUUAUUAAUCAAUUACAUCUCUAAGGACUCUUACAUUAAAAAAUUUGUAUUAAUUAAAAAAAAAUUGUAAUUAAUUAAUAAAACAUUUGUAUAAAAUAUUACCUUACCGCUUCUCAGCUUAGCUUUGCUUCUGAUAGGCCAAACUUUAUUUUUAUCUUUUGGACCGUUGUUUAAUAAUUUGUAUAGGAUUUAUUUCUUUUGUCUGUAUACCUUGCCAAAUAUCUGCCUUGUAUAACUACGAUUUAGAUCUGCGCAUUUUUAUGGAUACAAACGUCAAAUGUAAUAGUGUAGUAC